AAUUUUGAUGAAAAGUCAGAAAAAUUUACGUCAUUAGUUUGUCGGAAAAUUAAACAUCCAUAAGUUUACACUAUAUUUUAAGUUUAUUGUAAUAUUACCUGGUGAAGUUCAGGGGGGUUAUGGCGAUGAAAAUCCUCAAUUUCAUUUUCGUUUUUUCUUUGGGAUGUAUCACCGCUAAAGGUGAUGAACACUUUUUGUCACGAGUUCGUCGUAUCAUCGGAGGCACUCCCCUUCAGGACGGCGAAGCGCCUUAUCUCACCUUUGUGGCUGGUUACAGCACUACACAAACUCGUGGAAGGCGGAGUAUAUUUCGUUCAUUUGACCGAAGGACAACGACAACAACAACAACAACAACGAGUAAACCCGACCCGGACCCUACAGAACCUUUUGUAGUACCAAGUCAAUUUUGUACAGGAAGUCUUGUUAAUGAACGAUGGGCAUUGACAGCCGCUCAUUGCUUUGAUGGGACAACUGCAACAGGUAGUAGUUUCAGGGAUCCAUCAUUGUGGAGGUUAAAGUUAGGAACAGUUAAUUUAAAGCAAUCAGGGGGUAGAAAAACAUGGAUAGAUAAGCUAUUGUGGUUCAGAAAAGCUGCUACCCAGACGAGUCAGUACGUAGGGAUAGAUAGAAUUAUCAUACACCCAGGAUACAAUGCAGAUGCAACCGAAGGUAAAAAUGAUAUUGCCAUCGUUCAACUUAAAGAGGCGGUAUCUUACGGACCAAAUAUUCAGGAAAUCAAACUCAACUCGGACAGCAAUUAUCCUCAGGACGGUACAAUAUGCAAAGCGCAAGGAUGGGGCUGUACAAGCAAUAAUGGACCAGGGAGCGACGUAGCGCUCACUGUCGACCUUCCUAUAUUUGAUUCCGAAGAGUGUGGUGAAGUAUUCGAUAUGACGUACAUUCUGUGUGCUGGUGCCUACAAUCAAAACAAAGGGAUAUGUUCUGGCGACAGCGGGGGACCUCUUAUAUGUGAGCGAGAUGGAGAAUCCGUACAGGUUGGAGUUACUGUUCUGGCCAAUGCCAUGGAUCCGGGAAACAACCCCGGAGUGUUUGUGCGUGUGUCUGCAUAUUUAGAUUGGAUAAAGAGCUAUACCAAUAUAUAACAAGAUACCGAAGUACAUCUGCUGAUUGAUAACAACCAAGAAGCAAUUGCUGAAAUAAGCGAAUCUGUAAUUAAAACUUGUUACUACUAAUAAGAUUACAUUAAAUUGUACAAAUGACAA